AUGGCAGGCCCAAUCGCACUGAUCCUCGGCUCCGGGCCUAGAGUUGGCUCCUCUGUCGCCAAAUCACUGGCUGCUAAGGGCUACCAAAUCGUUGUCACAUCGAGACACGGCACUGGGGCCAAGACCCCUGAAGGUUACCUUUUCCUCAAGGCAGACUUCAGCAAACCUGAAUCCAUCCCAUCCGUCUUUGAAGCGAUUAAAUCCCAGCUCAAUGCGUCUCCCAGCGUUGUAGUCUACAAUGCAGCUGCCGCCACAGCGCCUCCUAAACAAGAUUCGGUCUUGUCACUUCCACUGGACACUUUCAACUCGGACCUCAACGUGAAUACGGUCAGCGCGUAUAUUGCAGCGCAACAAGCAGUUCUCGGCUGGGAUACUCUGCCUGCCGAUGCAAAGAAAUCGUUCAUAUACACUGGGAACAUUCUGAAUACCUCCAUUCUGCCGGUUCCAUUUGUCCUCACCCUUGGCACGGGCAAGGCAGCCUCCGCAUUCUGGCUAGGUCUGUCUGAUGCAACCUACACCCCCAAAGGUUUCCGAUUCUUUUACGCGGAUGAGCGCAAUGAGGAUGGUACACCUGUGGGCAACAACAUCGAUGGUCCUGCUCAUGGCGAGUUUUAUGCCCAAUUGGCCAGCCAGGAACAGAAUAUUCCUUGGCACGCCACCUUUGUUAAGGGCAAGGGUUACGUUGAAUUUAAAUAA